UUCGCUAAAAAAGAAGACUCUCCGAGACUGAGAGAGGACCUUCGUGCAUGGGCAUCAGAACAUUUGUACUAGAAGAAAUUCUCCGAUUGAAGCAACAACGAAGACUAAUCAUCACUCUUUGAUCAAUCCAGAAUUUUCUUCCUCUUCUUCCUUCUUCUUCCUUCUUCUUUUUCCUCUCGAGCUUUCAGGGAGAUCCCCAGGUCCAUCUCGGGAUGUAUUAUUGGUGAAUGCCAGCUCCAGGAGGAAUCUAUCAUUUUCAGCACAUGGUGUGGAAAAUUAUGAAAGAUGUUUGCUUAAUAGAAGGGAAUAAGAAUCUAUGAACUAUCUGAGAACGAAAUUCUCGUGGAUUGUUGUCUCUUUAAUGUGAUUUGCAUCAAAUCACCAGGUGCUUGUUAAGAUGGAAACGAGAUUUCUUAGAUCUGAAGUGUACCUUUGUAUUUCCUCAGGCCUGGAGAGAGAGAAUUCUCAAACGGUGAUGCUUAUUCUGGUCAACUCAAAGGAACACUUCCUCAUGGGAAGGGGAAGUAUGUUUGGUCAGAUGGAAUCAUCUACGAAGGUGAUUGGGAAGAAGGGAAAAUAUCAGGGAAAGGAAAGCUUAUAUGGUCAUCUGGAGCUAAAUAUGAAGGGGAUUUCUCUGGAGGCUACCUUCAUGGCUUUGGCACCAUGACUUCUCCUGAUGGAUCUGUCUACAGUGGAGCCUGGAGAAUGAAUGUGCGGCACGGUCUAGGAAGGAAAGAGUAUUGUAACUCAGAUUCUUAUGAUGGCUCAUGGAAAGAAGGAGUACAAGAUGGAAGUGGUAGCUAUACUUGGAUCAAUGGAAACAGGUUCCUUGGGAAUUGGAAAAAGGGUAAAAUGUCUGGGAGAGGAGUUAUGAGCUGGGCAAAUGGUGAUCUCUUUAACGGGUUUUGGUUGAAUGGUCUUAGACAUGGCUCUGGAGUUUAUAAGUAUGCUGAUGGUGGUUUUUAUUUUGGGACCUGGUCACGUGGCCUGAAAGAUGGGAAUGGAGUCUUUUAUCCUGCUGGAAGUAAGCACCCGUCUCUAAAGAAGUGGCAUAGGUCUUUUGGUUAUGAUGACACAGGAAACUUUGUCCUCUCUCAUGAUUCAUCGAUAAAUCUUGAUGAGCUACGGGCUUCAAAAGCUGUGUCACGAAGUCUUUCUGAGAUAACUACAACAAGUGGACUGACGAGGAAUUCGGGUAGAAUGUCUGAGAGGUUUCUUGAUGAAAACUGGAGCACCAGUGACCCUCCAAGAGAUUUUAUGCAUCAUGGACCCUCGUCCAAGUCUGUACGGUCUGUAGACUCUGGUCAAAGCGAGGCACGCGAUAAGAACCCUAUCGUUUUUGAGAGGGAGUACAUGCAAGGAGUUUUGAUUAAAGAACGAAUUAUGAGUUCUAUUGACAUGUCACACAGGGCUAGACCUUUGGAUCGUACUAAAGAAAUCACGAUUGGCGCUUGUAUGUCGUUUCUUGGGGGAAAAUGGAACUAUUAUCUAAUGCUUAAUCUCCAACUCGGUAUCAGGUAUACUGUUGGAAAAAUCACGCCAGUGCCUCGGCGGGAAGUUCGUGCGUCUGACUUCGGUAAAAGAGCCAGAAUCAUGAUGUUUUUCCCUAAAAACGGCUCCCAGUAUACACCUCCACACAAGUCCAUUGAUUUCGACUGGAAAGACUAUUGCCCUAUGGUUUUCAGGAAUUUGAGAGAGAUGUUCAAACUGGAUGCUGCAGACUACAUGAUGUCUAUCUGUGGCGAUGAUGGCCUGAGGGAAAUUUCCUCUCCUGGGAAAAGUGGCAGCAUCUUCUACCUUUCUCAUGACGACAGAUUUGUGAUAAAGACAUUGAAAAGAUCUGAGUUGAAGGUUCUACUCAGGAUGUUGCCUAGGUACUAUGAACAUGUAGGGGACCAUGAAAAUACGCUCAUAACGAAAUUUUUUGGAGUUCACAGAUUAAAACUCAAGUGGGGUAAAAAGGUACGCUUUGUGGUCAUGGGGAAUAUGUUUUGCACAGAACUGAAGAUUCAUCGCCGCUAUGACCUUAAGGGAUCUUCUCAAGGGAGAUUUACAGAAAAGAAAAAAAUGGGAGAAAAGACUACUAUGAAAGAUCUUGAUCUAGCUUAUGAAUUUCAUAUGGACAAGCUGCUUCGAGAGGCUCUUUUCAAGCAAAUUUAUUUAGACUGCUCGUUCUUGGAAUCUCUGCAAAUCAUUGAUUACAGUCUUCUGCUGGGAUUACAUUUUAGAGCUCCCGAUCAACUUAAUGAUAUCUUGGAGCCUCCCAAUGCAAUGUCAGAUCAAGAAAAUGAUAGUGUUUCUUCUGUUGAAGUCAUGCCUCGUGAACCCUCUAUUCCUCCAAAAGGGCUGUUAUUGGUUACUCACGAACCUAGUUCCGUUAAUACUGCCCCGGGUCCUCACAUCAGAGGAAGCACACUACGAGCAUUCUCUGUUGGCGAGAAAGAAGUUGAUCUCAUUCUACCUGGAACUGCAAGGCUCCGGGUACAGUUAGGAGUGAACAUGCCGGCUCAAGCCCACCACAAAGUACGUCAAGACGAGGAGGAAGAAUCAGGAAUGGUGGAGCUCUUUGAAGUAUAUGAUGUGGUUGUGUACAUGGGCAUCAUCGACAUCUUGCAAGAGUACAACAUGAAGAAGAGAAUGGAACAUACUUGCAAAUCUAUGAAGCAUGAUCCGAUGACAAUUUCAGCCAUCGAGCCUACGCUUUACUCUAAACGGUUCACCGAUUUCCUUCUCAAGGUAUUCCCAGAAAAAGCAUAGAGAGAGAUCAAUGGACCAUUCGCUUUCCUUUAGAUCAAAUGGUUCAUGAUUUGACUCGGGUCGAUAUUCUUUCUUACUGGUCAUAAGCGCAUAAAAGACUAAGGGAGUUGGGUCGAUAUGUUCUUUUGUACUUAUGUACACUAACAUUUAGGAUCUUAUACUUAAACACAAAUUUUCGUGUAUUAUUGUUAUGAGUAGAUAUAUUCCACUCUCUCAAUGUGCCUCACCAUUGAGCUAUUGCUAGUGGGGUUGAGGAUAGAUAUGUAGUAAUACUUUCCAUAUAAGA